ACAUUGACAGCUGAUCACAGAUCACCGCUGACCGCUAAUGAACAUUGACCACAGAUCACUUAAUGAGAGGACCACUGGUUUGAAAGACGGGUCAAAGAGGCCAUCUAUGUCAAAAUUGAAACAGCCCUUUCUCAACAGAGGAGGAGGGAUACGACAUCAUCUAUCUCCAGUCUACAUCACAGUCCUUUCAACAGUUCCAGAAGGCUCCACACCCAUUUGCACUACUCAGGUGACCCUGACAACACAGAUAAACCUCCAGGUGGCCUUAAUGACUUGCCAAAAUAAUGCAAAUGACCAUCUGUCUGCAAUCUGACCAUCUGAAUAUAAAUCCUUCCAUUCCCCACCAUCCAGUCAGAGCUGAAGAAGUUUCUUGGAUGAGAAGCGAAAUGUCUUCAAAGAAAAACUAGAAAGUCCAGUUGCCUCUUUAAAAAAGCACCUUUCGGAUAAUGAACAUUCAGUUACAAUAGACACCACAAAAUUACAUACAACCCUGUUUGAAAGUUAGAAUGGCUGCAGCAUCCCUCCUGUCAUUCAUCCUCAUGACUGCCCACAGAGACUAGUAGCCCCGCCUCUCUCCCCCCAUCUUACCCUGCCAGGAUCCAACAGCACUUGGGCUUCCUCCCACAUGCCCAUCACCCAUUGCACUUAUCCUUUGAAGCUCUCUGGUGCUCCUGGUAGGGAAGGAGGGCAGGGCACGUGUUCCUGGACCACAUGAAGGUAGCAUGAAUGUGGUCGCCAUUUUGUUACGCUUGCUUGUGGCUGGGGACAAAAUGGCAGCCUCCAGACAAACUGCUUUAUUUUGCUGCCUUAACAAUGUCUACACAGAGCUGCUAAAACGUGUAGACCUCAUUAAGGCAGCAAAAUGAAGUGGUUUGUCCCUGGGUCACAUCGCAGCAACCUGAACUCAGCCGCCAUUUUAUGGGUGAGACAAAAUGCUGGCUGUUUUUGGAACCGUGUCAUGCAGCUGCAGAAAGAAGCAAGUGCUCUGGAAGGCCUUGGAGCUCUUCUAAAACUAGGAAAACGCCAGAUCCAUCAUUUAGGGAACCAGCUGCAACUAAAUCAACAUUGUCUUGAUACAGCCUUCAACUUUUUCAAAAUGGCAGUGAGCAAGCACUUAACCCGUGGGAGGAAGAUGACCCAUGUCAUAGCAGCAUGCCUCUACUUGGUGUGUAGGACAGAAGGCACUCCACACAUGCUGCUUGACCUCAGUGACCUCCUUCAGGUGAACGUCUAUGUGCUGGGAAAAACGUUCCUUCUGUUGGCCCGAGAGCUCUGCAUAAAUGCUCCAGCUAUAGAUCCGUGUUUAUAUAUUCCUCGUUUUGCACAUAUGCUCGAGUUUGGUGAUAAGAACCAUGAAGUCUCCAUGACCGCUUUAAGGCUCCUGCAGCAGAUGAAGAGAGACUGGAUGCACACAGGUCGACGGCCGUCAGGGCUUUGUGGUGCAGCUCUUCUUGUUGCUGCAAGAAUGCAUGAUUUUCGGCGCACUGUUAAAGAAGUAAUCAGGGUGGUUAAGGUUGGUGAAUCAACAUUAAGGAAAAGACUUACAGAAUUUGAAGAUACACCUGCAAGUCAGCUAACAAUAGAUGAGUUCAUGACCAUUGACCUGGAAGAGGAAUGUGAUCCUCCUUCAUUUACAGCUGGUCAACGAAAGAUAAAGAUUCAACAGCUUGAGAAGGAAUUGUCAAAAAAGCUUGAAGAAUUAGAAGGUGAAAUAACAAGCUAUCAAGAUGAAAUAGAGAAUGAAUUAGAAAAUAGCCGGCCCAAAGCAAAAGGAGUUUAUGCAAAUUACAGCAAGGAUGAUUGCAUAGAAGAUACUAUUUCAAGCAUAUUUGGAGAUGAGGAUGGAGAAGAUGAAGAACUAGCAGCAGCUGCAAAUCAUCUGAACAUGGACUUUUAUAAUGAACUGCUUGAUAAAGACAGAUCAAAGGAAAAAGAAAUUUCUGUAAGGCCAUCUGCUCUGGAAUCACUGCUUGGACCUCUUCCUACUGCAGCCAGUCUUGGAAUAACAGAAUCUAUAAAAGAAUGUAUAUUGACUAAAGACCGAGACCAUAAUGAAAAUACUGGAGAUGGUGAAUUAGAUCUAAGUGGAAUUGAUGACAGUGAAAUAGAUAUGUACAUACUUAAUGAUUCAGAAGCCAGGAUAAAAGCAGAACUGUGGAUGAAGGAAAAUGCAGAUUAUCUCAAGGAACAAAAGGAAAAAGAAGCAAGGAUAGCAAAGGAAAAAGAGCUUGGUAUAUAUAAAGAACAUAAGCCCAAGAAGUCUGCAAAGAAACGGGAGCUGAUCCAGGCCAGCACAGCAGGAGAGGCAAUUGAAAAAAUGUUGGAACAGAAGAAGAUUUCAAGUAAAAUUAAUUAUAAUGUGUUAAGGGAUCUCAACAGCAAAGGAGGUAGCACACCAAAGAAAGAUGAUGAUACCACUGAUGACAGCACCAGCACCAAGAAGUUAUCAAGGAGAAAGUCUCUUGUGAAUCGGAAUGUGGCCAAUUCAGUAAACCCCGUGGGAAAAAGGCUAAGACCCUUGAUUUCAACCCAGCUAGCCAAAAAGCUGGCCACAGAAGAGGCAGUCUUUCCAAGUACUCAGACAGAAACUGAAAAGGUUGAAAAAUCAGGAACUGUGCUGGUGGAAACUGGGCCAGUAUCUUAUAAUCAUGAGGAGGAUGUGGAAGAGGAAGAAAUUGAAGAGGAGGAGGAUCAUUGUGUGAGCGCCCUUAAACUAAUGGGAGGAAACGAUUAUGGCUGUGAUGUGGAAGAUGACGAUGGGUAUUAAACUUUUCUGUCUCCAAAUGGAAAUGGUGGGAGAAGCCACUAGUAGUAAAAACAACUCUUCCUGCCUUGGAAACAAAGGUUCUGUUUGCUGUGGAUUCCUGUCAGUUUCCCUUGACCUACAGGCAGGCACUGGAGCUUGACUUUAGAAUACUUGAAAUGUUUCUGAUUUGGAUCAUGACAUAAGAAAGAUUAACUGAAGCAUCAGUUCCAGAGAUGAAAGAAGAGCCAAAUGGCUACCCAAACUUCCUUUGGACUUACAAUGUCCUGGAUUCAAUAAUAUAUAUUGCUGUAAAAAUGUGUACAAAGAAGAAGAAUUGUUACAGAAUGCUAGACUUUUGUGUGAAUAUAUUUGAGACUUGAACUUUUUUAAAAAAUAGAACAUUUUUGAGUUAUAUUGUUUACAUCAAUAGGAUUCUUAAAGCAGAAGUUUGUUUCUGCUAUAACAUCUAUAUUUUCAUGCUUCAGAAUCGUAUCAAAAUGGGCAGACAGCUUCCUUUGGAAACAAGUUCAAAUGUAUUAUUUGUUUGUUUGUUAAUACUAUCCUAGGAUCAGACCAUUGCUUGCCUGUAAUCUCUAUGUCAGUGUAAGACAGCAGUUAUAUUUCUUGUUUUUAAUUCCUUACAAAAAGUUGCUGUAUUAGAGUGGAGACCUCAUGUGUGUUGCUGUUGUUCAAAGCUUCUUUGCAAGGCAAGUUAUUUUGUGUUCCAAGAAAAUUAAGCUAGAUCUUCCUUUAAGUUCAUUGCUACUAUUAGAGAUGGGGCAAGCAAAGGUUAGGCUGAGGACAGAAGGAAGGAAAGCUCAACAAAUUAACAUCUGACACUUUUUUUUUCUGACUGAGGACCAUUUCACAAGCUUUCUGUGCCCCAUCCCAGGUUUUAUUUUUUUUAAUUUUAAAAACAAGAUGAUAUCUCAGGGCAAUUUCUGUCCUCUUGGCAGAAGUGUCAGAUUUCUCUCCAAGGUAAUGUCUUUGUUUUGUUUUUUAAAGUUUUUUGAACUAUUUUUUUUUCUCUUUGAUGCAGAGUAAUUUUAUAUUAUGUAAUGAUGUCAUUAAGGAUGUAUUUAUAACUCAACAGUGCAAGAGGCUCAUCUAUCCCUAUUUUAUCAGUUGAUCAGUUGGUAUAACUAGCACCCUGAGAAAUGUAAAACAGACUAGUAGCUUCCCCACUUAAAUUGUGUAAGACAGAUUUUAGCUCUGGUUCCUGUGACAUUUUUGUACCACUACAUUUAUUUGUUAUUAGAAGCAGAAGCAUUAAUAACACUUUUCAUCUUUUGUUGAACAAACGAAGUAGCUUUAUGGAAAAUAGUUUUUCUGUUUAAGUGAAAGACACCCGGUUUUCAUGUUGAUCUUUAUAUUAGCCAAACUACCUCUUUUUGCCAAUGCUUAACUAUACCAACUCAAAGUGGGAUGGUGCUUUUAUUUCAUCCACUUGAAGAAUGAAGUGGAAACCAAUUUGUUUUCCUUUGUUUCCAAGACCAGGAUCUCAAAUGGCAAACUGUGUCUUAAUUAUACUGCUUCAGUUUGCAAAUUGGAAUUCCCAUGAGGAAAUGGCAUUCCAUGCAAAUGAUCCUUUCCAAAUAGGCAAUUUAGCAUAGUAGAGAGAAAUGCAGGCAUUUUUUUUUUUACAGAAGCUUUCAAUCAAUGAACACUUCACAUUUAGACUGGCAUACUUGGGCCAGGUACAGAUUUAUCACCUUAUUAAAUUAAACUCAAGGUGGUUAAAGGUUAGCAAUAUAUACAAUAAGAAAAAAUAUGUCUAGUCCAGUGAACUAUUCCUGUGUGGAGGGCACUAGUACUUGUAAAAUUACAACUCUUUUUUCAAUAAUACUUUGUCCAGUUUUACUCUGAAAAAGAUUGUUAUGGUAACAUAAUUUAUUCAUUGCUAGAGGAACAAGCAAAACAAAUGCUUUUUUGUAAGCACUGAAUUAGGAGUUUGCCAACAAUUAGCUUGAGCAGCUGCUGCUUUGCCUUAUGGCAGGGAUGAGAAACCUGUAUCCCUCCAGAAGUUGCUGAACUACAACUUUUGGCAGUCCCAGCCAGCAUGGCCAAUGAUGAGGGAUGCUGGAGGCUGACAUCCAACACCAUCUGGAAGACCACAGGUUUUGCAUCUCUGUCUCAUGAGUUCAUUUGUUUCCAAAGAGAUGUUCGAAAAGAGGUAAAACCUCUGGUUGGUGACUUUACCUCCUCAUUGCAUUUGAGAAAAUGAAAGUCUCUCUGUCAGACUUCUUAGAAUAGAAAUUGCUACUGCUUCAAAGAAAGUAUUAUGUUGGCAGAGGAAACACACACACACACACACACAUAGGAAAUCCAUAAUUUUGGAAUCAGAUGUAAGUUAGUAAUGUUUGUGUCCCAGAUCAAUUUCAUAAUAAUCACAUUAUAAUCAGACACCCAACUAUACCUAUGUCAUUGGGUUCUCUAUGCAGCCUGGCAAGUUUCUUUUUCCAGUGUAGUUCUUCAUAGCACAGAUUGACCCCAUGGAGUUGGCUAUGCAUUGUAACCAGUUCAAUUACAUAUCUGGAUUGCAAGUUACAAAACUGGAAGGGGUGGAGCAGGGGCAUCAUGGAUAAACAUGCAAUAGACACUUCAUAAUCAGAGUCCGAGCGGAUCAGGGUUGGCCAUCACUGUAAUUUCAUUUAAGCAUUUUUAUUCUUGUUGGGUUGCAAAAUAAGCCACAAAAGAAGUAGAAUUGGGAGUAAAGUCAUUCUUGUAGGGGCUUGUAAUAUUAAACCCUUUAUCCUAUUUAAUUUUCUAAUAAAAAUGCUGUUUCAAAGAA